AUGUCAGGUUCGAGAGCCGCAGAGGAUGUGACCGGGGUACUGCUGCACGGCGACGAUGCUGGUACUGGGGAGGGCGUCCCCCUGAAGGAGGGCCCCGCCGCAAAGGAGUUUACGUUGGAUAUACCGCGGAUUCCCAGUGUGGAGUUGCCCCUGGAGGUGUCCGCGAAGCCCACGUCCGUAGCGCGUGCAAUUCACAUGUGCGGUGGAUUACAGAAGGUCAAGGAUGCGUUCAAGGAGACGGGUCCAUUGGACCAGCAGCGUGGACUUGAAUUGGCCCUGAACGACGAUACGAGUCGGUUCUUCAACGAGCACCCGAUCCGAGGGAAAAGAGUGCCCUUCAGGGACGACUCCAUUGUGUUGAAGAUCACGGUGCCUAAGGGUACGCUGCAGAGACACAAUGGCGAGGUUUCUGCGUCUCUCGCCUCAUUGGACUCAAAAGACUAUAAGAUCACGCCCGUGGCCAUUGUGGACAACACGAUCAAGUUCCGCGAGAUGUCUGACUUUCAGGUGAAGUUGGAUAAUGUCCCCGCGGCACAGGAGUUUCAAGGCAGCUUUGGGUCCCUUGAAUGGGGCCCAUUCCGCAAGUUUGUCGACACCGUGCCGGACAACGACCCACAACCCUUCGCCAACAUCAACAGUAUCGUUGUCGACAGGACACUCCCAACUCCCAACUCGGACUUCCAAUUGCCACCACCGCCGAAGCUUUCGAUGGUCGGGUUCCCGCAUCUAUACAAGUACAGGGGCAACCCACUGGCGACGAAGAAAUCAGACGGUGCCGCGGAGGUCAAGGGCACGUACAUCAAGAACUACCAACUGUUCGUGCACGACAUCAAAGAGUCAACGGUAAUACCGUGCAAGCCACACCCUGAUCUUCGGGACGCGUACGACACAGCGAGGAAAGACCGUGUCUACCCGGGCACCAAGGCGGACUCGAACUUCUACGGGUGUCUAGAGGAUUGUCUGGCCAUCCUGCGCGAUCUGUUUGAAGAGAGACCCAUUUGGGUCAAGAGACACCUGGACGGGAUCAUCCCGAAGCGUAUACACCACACUAUCAAGAUUGCAUUGGCGCUUGUCUCGUACCGUUUCACAAUGGGGCCCUGGAGGAACACAUACAUCAAGUUUGGCGUCGAUCCAAGGUCCUCGCAUGAGUACGCCAAGUACCAGACGGAAUACUUCAAGAUCGAGCGGAGGCUGCUGACUUCCCCGCUCGUGAGGAAGAACGUCCCCAGUAUACCCACCGUAGUUUUCCAAUCCAAUGUCAUUAGGGGGAUAGACACGCGGUUCAGAUUCACUGGGGAGUACAUCCCAUGGUAUCUGAUGUUGCAAAUCGACUUGCUCGUUGAUGAACCCAACAUCCGCGAAGUGUACGAUGCGGUGACGUAUUUGGAACAACCUAACGAGCUGACCGGGUGGUUCCACGAGCUCGAUCUGGUUAAGAUGAGGCGUAUUGUGAAGUACGAGCUCGGGUGUCUUGCCCAGGGAAACCACAAUUUCAACAAGUACAAACUCAAGUACUUCAAGGCGAUACAAUUUGUCAGGGAGUCGAUGAUAAACCAGAAACCCGCUGACUCAGCGGUUGACGCUGAUGGUGAUGUCGACAUGGAUAAUCCGCAUACGGACUCGGCAGACAAGUUCAAGCAGACGAAUACUGGUGACAAAGAACAACAACAAGACGACGAUGACGACGAUAAUGGUGUCGCGACAGGCGAGGCCGAUGAGGCGACGCUGGAGGCAGAAGAGGCCGAGGUCGACGCAGAUAUCCCCGUCCCGGAGACGCAAGACGAUUUGGACGCGGACGCAGACGCGGAGAACCAAGAGCAAGAGCAGGAAUUGGAGAAUCUAGACUACAAGACGGCCGGGUUCCAGGAUGUUAUCGCCCGGAUAGCGUCGCUGGCACCAGAAGAGGCGGCACAGUUACAACAGAGACUGAGCGGGUUUGUACAUGAAUCGAAGCUGUCGCAGUGA